ACAUUACAGGCAGUAAACACUUAGGACAUGAAAGUAACCCACCGUGCGUUCCCGAUUAUUUCCUCACCACGCGCACAGAGAGUGGGAACCUUGAACGAAUAGAAUAGAUAGCAGACACCGACAGGGGAGGCGGAACUUAAAACAAGCCAUACAGCUCAGUUAUAGUCCAUUUACAAAUGCAGUUCAUCUCUCAAUGAACAUUUUUCUUUUACUACAAACUACAUGAGAUAAUUGAGUGCGCGUUAUUAUCUUAGAGAUAAAAAAGAGAAGAGACCGAGGAGUCAAGAAAAGAAGAGGACAGCGUUGAGAGAAAAGAGUUGUAAAAUAUAUAAUUAAACACGGAAUUAAUUCACAGCGUGGCACUCGACUCAACUGAUUCCUGAGGGAGCAGACUGAGAGGACCACACACAGUGUAUCAUAAGUGCUGCUUAGAGCAUGGAGCCAGACCAAUCAGAGAUGAGCAUCUUGGGACAAUCGCCCAAUGGGAAAGGUCACGACCUAGAAGAUGACACGUAUGUGUCCAUGAAGACCAUGGCAGAGGAAUUAGACACAAAUGGUACUCAAAACGUCAGGUUUGAUGAUCCUGAUGCCAUCCUGGAGAAUGAGGAGUUUCUGCCCAACGGAGAAGGGAGGAAGCCCAUGCGCUUCACAGAUUUUGAGGGAAAGACGUCUUUCGGCAUGUCUGUGUUCAACCUGGGGAAUGCUAUCAUGGGCAGUGGAAUCCUGGGACUGGCUUACGCCAUGGCCAACACUGGCAUCAUCCUCUUCCUGUUUCUUCUGACUGCUGUGGCGGCUCUGUCCUCCUACUCCAUUCACCUGCUGCUCAAAUCCUCUGGCAUUGUGGGAAUCCGAGCUUAUGAACAACUAGGCUAUAGAGCCUUUGGCACCACAGGCAAGAUGGCCGCCGGUAUCGCCAUCACACUACAGAACAUCGGAGCCAUGUCCAGCUACCUGUACAUCGUCAAGUCUGAGUUCCCAUUGGUCAUCCAGGCUUUCAGUAGGGCAGACCCCACGGCUGAUUUGUGGUACCUGAAUGGGAACUACCUGGUGAUCAUGGUCUCCAUUAGCGUGAUCCUUCCUUUGGCCCUGAUGAAGCAGCUGGGCUACCUGGGCUAUACCAGUGGUUUCUCCCUUAGCUGCAUGGUCUUCUUCCUCAGUGCGGUGAUCUAUAAGAAGUUCCAGAUCCCCUGUCCGUUUGAGGAGUUCUCUGCAGCCAAUCACACGGUUUCUCACCUGGACAUCCACCUGAACGUCACUGAUAACCACGCUCUCCAUGAUAAUGGUCUGUUGCACGAGGUGGAUGACUCCCACUGUGGUGCAAAAAUGUUCACCAUGAACUCUCAGACAGCAUACACCAUCCCGAUCCUGGCCUUUGCCUUUGUGUGCCAUCCUGAGGUUCUGCCUAUCUACACUGAGCUCCGCAACCCUUCUCAGAGGAGGAUGCAGCAUGUCUCCAACCUCUCCAUCCUGGUGAUGUACACCAUGUACUUCCUGGCUGCUCUCUUCGGCUACCUGACCUUUUACGGUAAGACUGAGACAGAGCUGCUACACACAUACAGCAGAAUCGACCCUUAUGACACGCUCAUCCUGUGCGUGCGAUUGGCUGUCCUCACCGCUGUCACACUGACUGUCCCCAUCGUGCUCUUCCCAGUGCGCAGGGCCUUGAACCAGAUGUUUUUCUCCAGUAAAUCGUUUAACUGGCUUCGUCAUGUGGCCAUCGCCAUCACUCUGCUCUCCUUAAUCAACAUUCUGGUCAUCUUCGCCCCCAACAUCCUGGGAAUCUUCGGCAUCAUCGGUGCCACAUCUGCCCCCUGUCUCAUCUUUAUCUUCCCUGCCGUCUUCUACAUCCGCAUUGUGCCUAAGGAGCAGGAACCUAUGUUUUCCACCCCCAAGAUACUGGCUGCCUGUUUCGCUGGUCUGGGCGUCGCCUUCAUGACCAUGAGUUUGAGCUUCAUCAUCAUUGAUUGGACAACAGGGAGCAGCAACUCUGGCGGUGGUCACUAGAGGCCGUCCUCUGCUCUUCACAUGCCGGGGUCAUCUGGGGGUUGGCAGAGGCUUUAAGGGGAUGCCUAGGUGUGUGUUUAGAACUGUUUUCAUGUAAUUGAUGCACUAUCCCCUCCGUGGUAGAGCAAAGGUCAAAGGCUUCAGGGAGGUUGGGGGUAGGGAGGGGGAGACAUAAUCAACCCGCUGGGAAAAACCAUGCUGAACAUUUCAGUCCUCUUGAGACUAAAGACUCGGACAAAACAGUCUGUACUAUUGUAAAGCAGUAGAGAACUUAUUUGAACAAAAGGUUUCAUAAUCACUGUAUGUAGGCCAUCACAGAGGAGUACUUUUACAUGAAUCAUCAGGACUAAACAGGGUAUUAUUUUUAAAUCAUGCUGAUUAUUAUUAUUUAUCAGUGGGAUAGUGCAUCCAAGUCAAUGGAAAAUCCAGAAGAAAGAAACUCAUGCUGGUUCCCCCUCCUUCACUCCCUCCCUCCUUCCUUCACUUUCCAUCCACCUGUUUCUUUCUCCCUGACCACUGUAUUCAUGUGAACUGCAGCUACAUGUACUGUAGUACUGUAGAUAUGGUGGAAUCUAUAUGUAAAGAAGGCAAAGGAAGCACAUGACUACAUGAUAGGGAAGUGACACUACAUUAUGUGUCAUAUGGUAUUUUUGUACUAUAGAAGAAAUGGUUACAUCUAUAGGUUAGGUGAGUGCUGUAAAACAUACAGUCUGUGGUUCUCUUGGUAUUCCUGUCAAUCACUUUCUGCCAUCAGCACGUACUUUAACCAUCAAAGUUUACCACACUUUUCCAAAUAUUCUAUUUGUGCGGGCAUACACAGAUAAAGUAUAUUUUCACAUGUUUUCUACCAGGAGUGCCAUUAGCCUGUGUUGUUUUAUCUGCCAAAGCUAAGGGUGCAUGUGGUUGUUGGGCUUAGUUCAAGAAUAUGUCCCAUGAUGCAUUAUGUUAUUGAACUCUUCCUGUGUCCCUGGUACCUACAGUACACUCAGAUGAUGGAAGAAUGACUCAACCAACCACACAAAUAGCCUAUACAGUGAAAUAGUAAUCUCUAUUUAUUUUACUAGAUGUAUCCAUGUUUUUUAAUUUCACAAGGUGUGCUAAUGGACUCCGAACAGAGUAUUUAACUAUAUGAUCAGGUAUUUUGAUAGACUUUAUAGAUGGUAUGUACAGUCCGUAGUGUAUUGUAUGAUAUUGCAUAUUGGAGGGUUUAGAUGACAGUUGAAAGUGUAGGAGGCGAUCUUGAGGGCAAUGAGCUGAUUAAGGAGAAAAAGAUAAACAGCAUUUUACAUUCAUGUUAGUUAGAUGAUCAACUGACAUCCUAGAUACAGUAUUGACAGAUUUUUAUGAUCAAUUGUGCUUUUAUCAAUUUAAGAUGAAUGACUUAAACUGACCCUUUUAACACUAAUAGCACAUAUUCAAUUAAUACUUAUAUUUCUACAAUGAAUUUGUAAACCCUUGUCUAAAUUCAGAACAGUUCAACUGUGCCCUUUCAGUUACAACUGGGGUUUGGCUUACUGUUUUUGGCAUGACGAAAUAUGGAGGAAAAGUGUUUUGGUUAUGUUGUUGAGCUAGUCUUUAUUGUAUUUUAACAUCUCUUUUCCACUUGUUUUGUGAUUGGUGGUUGAAGUUUUAGUGGAAGAAGCAAGAGUGUCACCUGUCUGGUGAUUGGCUGAUUUAUUAAUUGAUUAAUUUAACACACUAAAUGAACUAAUGUGAUAUUCCAGGCAUAGUAUGCUGAUAUCAGGACUCUAUUUCCAAAACGUGUGGCUAUAUGGCUGUAUCUCCUAAUGUAUCUGGUUUCUAAACGUAAGGUCUUGUGAUCAAGUACAGUUUUUAAAGCGUUGACGAUGAAGUGAACUGAGAUUAUUCGAUUUUAAUGUGAUUCAAAAGCCCCUUUAGGCUUCUCAAUUUCAUAACGCAGCAUUUGAUAAAUGAUUUUCAAAACAACACUGACAUCUUAUCUAAAAAAACUGGGAUAGCAUUGUAAUAACAUUGUAAUAACAUUGUAAUAACAUUGAUAAUUGUUGAAAAAACCCAUAAUAUAACUUAUUGAAUCCUGUUAUCCUGAAAGAGUUGAAUUGACAUAACCUUUGAAAAAUAAUUCAACCAAUGUAAAGGUUAGACUCACAAAGUGGUGGGUACUUUGUUAGUGGUGUUUUCUAAUCUCAAACGUAUAAUUUGCCAAGUCCUACAUAUGUAAGACAAUUGCUAUUUUAUAUUUCAUUAUUCUUAUACACUGCUUCUGAUGUUGCUUUGUCUUUGUGCACAAUAAUUGAUUUUAAUUUUUGAAUCAAGAGAAUAUUGUUGAGCGGUCUUUCUUUUACUCAACGGCUAAAAAGUUCAUGCAUGUAUCUGCCUCAAACCCAUAUUUCUCCUGGUCUUGCUGAGGCAGUGGUUGUGGUAUAAAGGAGGCAACACCUUGCCAUAGAUCAAGAACAGGCAACUCAACAGUGUCUGCUGGUUGUCUCUGCUCCCUGGUACUUCAUUGAUCCAUAACGGUCAUUGGGUUCUCAGGUCUCUAUCAGUCGCUGAGUUGAAUGAAUAAUACAGCAAUAACCAGUGGACACUACGGUCCAGCCCGUCCCUGCCAUAGACUAUGGUGUAUUACCUUAAUCCUUAGGCCUCUUCUGUCUGGGAAUGUGCCUACAGUAUCUAGCUACUACCAACUGUUUCUCUCUGAGAGCCCUUGCGUUUCAACUUUAGAGCUUUGCUAUCACUGUUAGAACGUCUGGGGCAACAUUUUCUUUCUCUUGUACCCAACCCAAACUAUGCAAGCCAGUUAACAUGUUGUUAUAGCUCUUGUUUUAACUUUGCAAUUUAUUUCUGAGGAAAUGACAGCACUAUGCGUGAAUAACAAGUUAUGUAUGAACUUUGGGCUUAUAAGGUGGCUUAUAUAAAUAAUGUAUAUAAAUGUAAACCCUUUAUAUUUGUGAUGCAUAUCUAGCUUUUAUAGUGUAAAUAGCAGGGACAGUUUCAGUCUGACAAUAAAACAAGUGUAAAAGUUUUUA